GUGAUAAUUUUCGUGUAAUCGGUACGUUUUUAUUCAUUUUUUCGUUGAAAUUCGAGCACAACGUCGAGCGCAAAAUCGAAAUACUUCAAAUAAACGUUUCUCCAUUUAAUUGGGAUUUGAAAAAAAACAGGUUAAAAAUAAUAUCGUUUGCAAUCGAACAGUUUAAAUAUUGUCGAAGCCGUGGCAAACAUUCUGAAGUCAUCGGCCAAGCGGCCGACGUGCCGAUCGAUGUCUCCGCAAGAUCGACGCGGUUCAAACGCGUCGCAACAAAGUGGCGAAUUAUUUCUACCAAAAAAUUGCGAUCAUAAUCGCUCGAUUUCACGCGAGAAAUGGAUUGCGCGAGGGCGACGCUCGAAAAGACGAACGUCUUCCAGGUGAACAUUAUAGUUCCGCUGAUAAAGAUGGUAGACGCGUACGAACGAACCAAGCACGAAUUUAGCCCGGACGAGUUUUGCAUCGCGUUGUUCGCUGCGGAGAAGCCGGCCGAAAAGUGUUCGACGAAUUUCAAUUUAGUUCGAGAUUGUUGCAGCCAUCCGGAACAGUUUAAGUCGCCUCACGUGGCCACGAAUUGCCUUCGAAUCGCCUCACGUGGCCUCCGAAUUACCUCCGAAUCGUGGCAAAAGAUUAGAAAUAAAAAUGUCCCGUCUUCGCAGAGUUUGCCGGUUCCGAUUCAGGACGUCACCAUUGAAUUGUUCAUGAACAUCGCACGUUACGAACACUUUCUGGAAGGUGUGAGCAGACACUUUUUGAAGAAACGUCGUCGGCAUUCCGACACGUUGGCCGAAACCAUGGUGUUCCUGUACAUCCUAGCGUACCAAGUGUGCAAUCUGUACUUCGAGGACUCCGUCGAGUGUUUCGAUUACUUCAAAUUCAGAAAGGUGUUCUUCAUGGUCUCGUAUCUCCUUCACUCGGAAACGCCGAGUGUCUUUCACAGAAUCGGUUGUUUCGAUUUCGACGAAGAUUUCGUGGAGCAGAGGCUGAUCUUGCCGUUGUUGGAAGCGACGCCGUGCUUGGAGAAGCUUCAUAAGAAUCUGAAAGGGGCGAUCGAAACCGGAAAACAUCGGAAGAAAAGGGUUACGAUUCCUGUUUUCAUGAAUGUCUUGAAUCAUCCGAAACGAGCCGCGGGGCCGCCUCCUGGCACGCCGGAAGAUUUGGCGGUGCAGAGAUUCGUGCGGGAUGUUCCCAGAACGAAUUACGCGAAGCCGUCGACGGAAAAGAGAUUGGCGACGUUGCGAGCGGCGAACAAAUCGCACGCGAUUCGAUUGCUGAACGACGCGAACAUGAAUGCCCCGAAAUUAUUGCUGCGCGAGAAACGAUCGACGGAGACGAAGCUGCAAGAGAAAAUGAGACCGGUAUCCCUCAGGAAACCAGUUCCGACGUUCAAGUCGGUCGAGGUUAAACAAACGACAGCUUCCAUACUGAGGGAAUGUGCUCGCGUGAUCACCGACGAGGAAAAGGAAAUAAAAAAAUUAAAAAUGUUGGCGGAAGGAGGAUUCGAUCCAUCUUCGAUCGUCCGGCUGGAAGAAGAAGAACGCGAACGAAAGAAACUGAUCGAAUUGUCGAAAGUGGAAGAGAAACAUCUGUUGGCCCUGAUAAGCCGCGAGGGCGCAUUUAUCGCGAAACAAUCUUUGUUGAACGGCUGUAAACAGCAAGCGGAAUGUGUGCGGAAAGAGAAACAAGAAUUGUCGGAGAAGCUGGAGAAAUGGAAAGAGAAACAUAACAAGGAAAUGGCUGAAGUUGUCGAACGGUGUCGCAUAGUCGAACAAAAUUCCCGGGACGCUUUCAACGCUAUGAUCGACGAGAAACGACAGAAAGCCGCCGAGGUUUCCGAAGAAUCCCGGCAAUUGAAGGCUCAGCUGGCGAAACAGAGGGAAGAGGAGAUACAGAAAAAGAUCAGACUCAUUCAGGAAAUAAAAACUAUACAGUCAUUGCGAACCUUGCCCUACAAGGACUUCGACCCGACGGAAUCCAGUGGCUUGGGUCUGCUCUGCGAAAUGUCCCUGGCAGAGUUGAAGGAGAGAUUGUUUUGGAUGAAAAUGAAACUGAACGAGGAAAUCGAGAAUCGGAAAUGCAUCGUGAGUCGGGAACGCGAGAGGCAGAAGACUAUGAUUAAGGAUACUCGAAAGGCGCUGGAGGAUUACAAAGCAGCAGUCGCUUCGCCGGAAGUGGAUGCCCUGCGGAAGCAGUUGGAGGAACGGAGAGCCGUUAGGCUGCGAAAAGAAGCUGAUGAUCGCGCGAAGUGAUCUAGAAAUAGUCUUGUUUGUUGUAACAAUCCGGUCGGAUUCGUUUCUCUAAUAAAUAAAUUAGUAUUAUA